AUGACUAGACCACGAAUGUUCCAUUUGCAGACAUGCUCUGGCAUUCUGGUUCUACUUAUCUCGUUCCUCUACUUCUCGAGCCUGUCUUCGGCAGCAUCUACAGAGAAAAAAUACAUCACGGCUACCGAUGCCAACGGCGACAGGAUUUAUUUAGAGGACAAUAGGAGACCUGCACUCUAUACACAGAACUUUGGAGAUUGUCAAGGGGACUCCUUGAUCAAUGUCACAAGAUUCGACGCCGCAUACUAUAGAGACAACAUGACCAUUCUUUUCCAUCUUGCAGGAAAUACUGCUUUGACAAACGAGAGCCUGAUGUUGUAUAUCGGGGUGUAUGCGUAUGGCGAACCUCGCUUUGACCUGACAUUUAACCCAUGCAAUGCCAAUAUCUACAGCCUCUGUCCACUCAACGCCAGUGUGCCAAUUGAAGCAAAUGGCAUCAUCCCUAUAUCUCAGGCUGAUGUCUCUGGCAUCCCUCCGCUCGCUCUCACAAUUCCGGAUUUCGAAGGCCAAGCCAUUCUCCGAAUAUUUGCCAAUUCUACGCAGUCGCAGAUUGGCUGUUACUCUGCCGUUGUGACAAAUGGGGCCACAUUUUCCCAUCCUGUAGCUGUCGGGACGGUAUUGGGAAUAUUCGCUCUGAUUGCCGUCAUCUCAUCUAUCGCAACCACUGUGUAUGGUGAUGGUGUACCAGAGACACGGAAACAUUACGCUCAUUCGCUGUCGGUCUUUGUAGUAUUUGCUGUUUUCCACCACAUCUUCUUCACCGGAGCACUAUCUGUCAACUGGCCUAGUGUCCUAGUUGCCUUCUGGAGCAAUUAUGCUUGGUCGGCUGGCAUGAUAUUUAGCAGCUCUAUGCAAAAUUCUAUCAAUCAAUUCCUAGGCGAGAAUCGGGGAAACAUCAGUAUGGUGGGGGCUGCAGCGUCAGGUGUUGCCAAUGACAAUUUGGGAGGUGGAUACCAAAUCUCUCAGAUUUACAAGAGAGCUACUGCCAUUCCCUUCCAGACCUUCGAAGGCAUUGGCCAAAUGUUACGACCGAGGAGUUUUGAGCAUACCCUGGCCAGACGAGAGCUUCUCAACUCCACGAGUGGGUUCUCCUGGUACGGUAGGCCAGUCAGGCCUGGCCUGCCACUUCCGGGAAAUUUCUCAGGCUUUGCAGGAACGGUUGCCGCGGAGGACAUCCCAGCAUCAAACGCGUUCAUGACGGCAUUCCUCUGGUUCCUGGUACUGCUCCUAUGUGUUGCUGCCGGCGUCUUUGCUGCCAAAUGUGUUGUCGAGGGCCUCGAUCGUCUGCGGAUGUUGAAGACACCUCGUUUGGCAUACUUCAGGGCCAAUUGGCUCAAUUUUCUGUUUGCCUCCCUUCAGCGCACACUUCUCAUCUCCUUUUUCAUGUUCAUGUUUCUGACCAUGUUUCAAUUUACCUUGGGUGGUAGUGCCAGAGUGCUGGCAAUUGCGGCCAUUGUCUUUGUGCUUUUCUUUGUGGGCAUGGCUGGCGCCACAGCAUAUGCUGUAUACUAUCGUCUUCGGUCUGGCAAAUAUGCCUCCGAGGCGGACAGAUUGAACGUGCAACGAAAGAAGACACUCGGCAUCAUUCCCUGGUUCGGUGUGAUGCGAGAGAGUACUCUCAAAGAAAAGGAUAAGAAAAAAGUCUUUACCCGCUCGCUGCCCUGGUGGAGAAUUCGUUUUGUCAGCGACACACCUGAUAGACCUUCAAUUCACGAGGACGAGGACUACGCAAGAAAAUUUGGCUGGCUGGCUUCUCGUUUCCGACAGAGCAAGUGGUGGUUCUUCGCUUUGUGGCUACUCUAUGAAUUCAUCCGGGCAUGUUUCUACGGUGGAGCCGCGGGACAUGCGUUGACACAGGUCUUCGGCUUGCUAGUGGUUGAGUUUAUUGCCUUCGUUGCCAUUAUUUUUCUGAAGCCUUUUGAAGGUAGGCGGCUCAAUCUGCUGAUGGUCUACGUUCUUGGCUUCAGUAAAGUCGCAACUGUGGCUCUUUCGUCGGCAUUUGAUACAAGGUUCAAUCUACAGCGAAUUCCAACCACCAUCAUCGGGAUUGUUAUCAUUGUCAUUCAAGGCAUAUUGACAAUCUUGCUGUUGGUUGCCAUCGUGCUGGGAGCCAUUUCUAGUUACAUGUCGUUGACGCGCAAUCGGACUGAGUUCAAGCCGAAGAAAUGGGCAGGCCUCCGGACCCGAUACUUCGCCCAUAUCGAGCAGACAUCCUCAGACCAGCCAGCACCUCCGUCACAACCACCUUCGCCACUACCGAUGCCCACCGAACCAACGGAGCCGUAUUUCAAAGUUGGUUCAGUCCGCCGUCAACCCAAGAUCGAAGAUGACGACAAUGAUGUUGACCUCGAAGACGUCAACGAAUCAAAGACGUCGUUAUCGCAAGGGAUCAUGACUAGCAGGCAUCAAAGCUGCGCGCAUUCUAUCAGGUCUCAAACGAGCGUGUCUAACCUGCCAUACGGAGCAAGACGACAUCGUGCUAGUUGGAGCAGCAGAGAUCUGCAGCAGGAUCUUUACAACGAAGAACGAAUAUAUCCAGUUCUUCAUUCCCGGAUGAGUGAUGCGAGCAUCCGAGACACCACGGCAAGGUCUCGCGCUCACAGCUUGAUGGACCGAACACCUUCAAGAACUGCCACCCCACCGUUCCAUACCAGGACGAACACUCCGGAAGUUCUAGGGGAGAAACAACGCAAUCGAAGGAGCGUGAGCUCUACCGGCUUCGGUAAGAUACAGGAAAGUAAGGUAGAUGCAAGGAACAAAACAAGUGCAAAGCAAGAGGAAGCUGGUCUCUGA